AUGAGGUAUGCUCAGCUAGUUAUAGGACCAGCAGGCAGUGGGAAAUCCACCUACUGCAAUGCUUUGGUACAACAAGGAGUUGACCUCAACAGGAACAUAGAGGUUGUUAACUUGGAUCCAGCUGCCGAAUAUUUUGAUUACCAACCUGUAGUUGAUAUACGAGAACUGAUCCAUGUUCAAGACACUAUGGAAGAUGAAGAGCUACAUUUUGGCCCCAAUGGUGGUUUGGUGUUUUGUAUAGAGUAUCUUCUAGAAAAUUCUGAUUGGUUACAUGAUAAACUUGGUGACCAAGAAGAUGACUAUAUACUGUUUGACUGUCCAGGACAAAUAGAACUGUACACACAUCUUACAGCAAUGAAAAAGUUAGUGAAGCAACUUCAGGACUGGAACUUCAAUGUAUGUUCAGUGUUCUUGGUGGAUGUUCAAUUUAUGACUGAUGGUGCAAAGUUUUUAUCAGGCACAAUGGCAGCAUUAACUGUGAUGGUCAAUUUAGAGAUUCCUCAUGUGAACAUUCUUUCUAAAAUGGAUCUUUUGAGUGUUGGUGCGAGAAAACGCUUGGAUAGAUUUUUAGAUCCCGAUGCUCAUGCUAUACUAGGUGACAUAGAGUUGAAUGGUAUGUCUGCAUUUAAUGAAAAACAUCGUAAUUUAACAGAAACUAUUGGAAAACUAAUUGAAAGUUACUCUUUAGUUAGAUUUAUACCUUUGAAUUUGAAAGAUCAUGAGAGUAUAGCUGAUAUACUUAUAACAAUUGAUAAUGUGAUACAGUAUGGUGAAGAUCAAGAUGUAAGAUCUAAAGACUAUGAGGAAGAAGACCCAGAAAAUAGUGAUUGA